AAGUUAACGCAAGUAUAUUUCAAUCAGGCACUUCACUGCCUGGGGAAUUUAGUUCUAAAAUGGCUUCUCCUAAUGCAUUUGCAACUUUUGCUCUUCUUCUCUCUCUUACCCUUGUGUUUUUCACUACAGUGAGUUCAAAUGAUCAUGUUCCUAAUUGUCCACCACCAACACCACCAAAAUCCCCAAAACACCCUCCCCCUUCGACCCCAAAACCAAAACACCCUCCUCCCAUAUCCUCCAACCCCAACCCUAACCCCAACCCCCACACAAUAUCCUCCAACCCCAACGCCAACUCCAAUCCCAAUGCCAACCCCAACACAAUCUCCUCUAACACCAACUCCAACCCCAACGCCAGCCCCAACCCCAACCCCAACACAAUAUCCUCCAACCCCAACCCUAACCCCAACCCUAACCCCAACCCCCACACAAUAUCCUCCAACCCCAACGCCAACUCCAAUCCCAAUGCCAACCCCAACACAAUCUCCUCUAACACCAACUCCAACCCCAACGCCAGCCCCAACCCCAACCCCAACACACAAUAUCCUCCAACCCCAACCCCAACCCCAAGCCCUAGCCCUCAAGCCUCUUGCCCUAAGGACACCCUUAAGCUAGGGGUAUGUGGCGAUUUGUUGAAUGAGUUGGUGCACCUUGUUGUGGGGACCCCACGAAAGACCCCUUGUUGUAGCCUCAUUGCGGGUCUUGGUGAUCUUGAUGCUGCUAUUUGCCUUUGCACUGCCAUUAAGGCCAACGUUUUGGGCGUCAAUCUUAAUGUGCCAGUCUCCUUAAGCUUGCUUUUGAAUUAUUGUGGUAAGUCUGUCCCAACAGACUUCCAAUGCGCCUAGUGGUGUCAUGAUCACGAAGGUAUCAAGCCUUGGUCUUGUCCUUAACAAGCCCUUGACAGGAAAAUGGAUUCAACUUCAAGCCCAAGGAUAGUGGAAAAUGAAGCUACAGCAAUAACUCCCAACGUGGCAAACUAGUCCCAAAAACCCUCACUGCUUUGCCUCAUCUAUGAUUAUUAUAUAUAUAUAUAUAAUUUCUAUAUAUUAUAUAUGUGUGUAUGUUUGUUGUUGUAUUAUUACAGUAGGGGAAUGAGGUAUCUUUGAAAAUAAGAAGAUUAUGUGUAGUUUCAUUUCAGCUUAUGAGGAAGGUUAGCUA